CAUCAAAUCGAGGUACCAUACCCGACUAGCAGCACUGCAACCAACAUGAAGCUUAGCCUCGUCCUCUCCCUGGUCGUCACCGCCCUGGCCGCCCCCGACGCCUACCCCGUCGUAUCUUCCGUCUGGCCGCCCACAGCCCAACGCCCACACCACGCCCACACGCAAUACACUCCAAGCCUGGCCUACGAAGCCGCUUCAUCCUACGCUUCAGUUGCUCCCGGCAUCGUUUCAGCUUCAGUUCCAACAGCUGGUUCCUCGUCCCUCGCCGUGCUGCCCGUGACGCGUCCUGUACCGGCCUUUGCUUUGGCUCCGGCGAAGAGACCGGCGCCGCACCACGCACCCGCUCGCGCCUACUCGUACGCACCGGGGAAAAAGAGCCACGACUUCGGCUGGGCUGUGGGCGCGGGCGGCAGCAACUACGGCCACCGGGAGUCCACCGACGGCUACACCACCAAGGGCUCCUACUUCGUCGACCUCCCCGACGGACGCCGCCAGAAGGUCACCUAUUACGUCAGCGGCGACUCGGGCUACGUGGCCGAGGUCAGCUACGAGGGGGCGCCACAUUACCACGCCCCCAAACCCGCCUAUUACAAGCCCGUCCCGGCAUACAAGCCAGCUGCUCACGCCCACGUUCAUGCCCUCAAGCACUUGGUUUCCUCCGCCCACCUUCCGAGUCCUUUCCAUGGCUGAAUCAUCGAAAAUACUGACCGAUUUGCGAGUAUGUUUGUAUUUAUGUAACAGUUAAUGAACGUUC